AUGGACUUUAUAAAAAUACGUUAUUCCAAAACUUUUUUUAAUACUUUCAGUUUUGAAAUAAUUCAAGAUAUUGGUACUGUAAAAUGUUCAGAUUUUCUUCAAAUUUUACAUGAAUCAGCAAUAACAGGUGUCAUUACGUCAAUUGGUGUGGUAGAAAAACAUUAUAGCUGUCCAAGAUGUUAUUCCACAGAUGUGGAAUGCAAUGAUAAAACCAUCAAAUGCAUUACGUGUAAAUCAAGAUCACUUUGUGUAAAAGAUUCUGUCAAACCAGAACAAAUCAAACUCAAUGUAGUUGAUCGUGAUCAAAAUAUGAUUGAGUUUAUUGUUGAUUCAUCAAAAAUUGAAGCCUUAUUGCAACAAUGUAAUCGAGAAGAUCUUUGUCAAAAAGACUUAGUCGAGCAAGAAGAUGUUUUACUUGCAUUAUCUUCGAUAAAUGUUUUUGUUAAUUUUAAUCCGAAAAAUAUGCAAAUCAAUAAACAUGAUGAUUUGAAUAAUCCUCAAUUGAAUCCUUUAAUUAACGAAUUUAGUAAAUUGGACGAACAACUUAAAUCAUCAAAUACUGACAAAUUAAUUGGUGAUUGUCGUCAAAAACUUGUUCAAUGGCAUGAUAAUUAUUAUAAAAUAAUAAAUCAAUUAUAUGAACAAAAAAUUUAUGAACUUGAUCAACAUUGUUUACAGAAACUUGAUAAACAAGGAACACAAUUAAAUUUAAUACGUUGA